AUGUGCAUGAAAGCUUGCUUAAACUGUCCGCCGAGGAAUCUAACGAGUCUUAGUGGCGCAGUGAGUCAUGAACAAUACCGUCGCGAUUUAAAUUGUUAGGAAUUGCAGGUAAUCCUGCAGCUCUCGGCAGUCUCGACGAAAUGUUUUUUCUUGAGAACAAUCGAUAGUAAUUUCCACUUCUACACACUUUUUUUUGUUUUUGACCUCCUGCCACAUUUGAUCUACUCGGGGGCAUUAUCUUCGCCUCCGAUUCCUUUAUGGCCGGCCUUCAGCUCAGUCUUUCUCUCUUUUUCGACAACCUUUGCUUAAAUGAAGCCGCGCACAUCGUCAAGAAGACUCUACCUCCGCGAGUGGGCAGACUACGAGAGGUUGCAUCCGAGAGAUCGCCGCAGGAACGGAAUCGUGUUGAAAUUUUCGAAAGUAACCACCACGGUCACUGUGAGUUUUUUUGUUAAUCAGUUAACUUUUGACGACCAGAAAAAUCGAUAAUUCGUUUGCAGGCAUUCAUCACAUUCAACGAGGGAUGCCCGUUCGAUGGCGGCACUUUUGAAUUCGUGUUCGACUUUCAGCGUGAUUACGAUCUCAUUGGUCCCAAGGUAUUUUUUCAUGAGGCUAACUGUUGGCUCAUCGCUAUUGUCGCUCGGUGUUUGCAGACGUACGCAAACACCGGUGGAUUGAUAGCGGCGAAAAAAGAAAAAGAAAACGCCGUGACGUGGAUUUCAGAUCACACUGCGCACCAAAAUGUGGCACCCGAGUGUGGACCAGACGGACGGAUUUGUCUACUUCAACGGUAACUAUUGGGCCGACAACUGGUCGAUCUACGAAUUCGCGCCCCGAUUGAAAUCCUGGAUGUGUACACUAGAUUACUCACGACUUGUGGAAAUGGAAAUCGUCGAUCAGGCCAUCAACCACCCCGAGUUGUUUGAGGUAAUGGUUGAAAAGGGGGCGUGUCGUAGGUUCUCACAAAUCCUCAGCACUAUUUUUCUAUGACAUAUCGUUCUAAAAAGACAUUUGAACACGAAAACGCAUAUUUCGACGUCACAAUUUCGGAAUUUCCGUGUUGGCCGAACCGAACCGAACAGUUUUCAGACAAAACCAGUGUCGGAAAGCGUUCUGACUGCAAAAAUGACUCAAAAUGCGUGUAUUUACGUGCUUUAUCAUUUCCGACACCACCCUUUGGCGCAUUUUUCGCAGACUUUGCUUUUUGCCUUCGCCGCCUAAAAACCGCAUUUCUAAUUUUGCGCGUUCUUGACCGUCUUCAGACAGAAUUGGUUUUGAGAAUGAUAAAUCACGUAAAUACAAGCAUUUUGAGCGCUCGAACCGCGAAAAUUACCGAAAAGCAACUGAAAUUCACGCAGUUUUAGCCAAAAUCCUUCAAACGGAUAAAUGUUAUUUGCGACUUGACCAAAUUUAACGCUCUUGCGCUUAAAAAAUUCGUAAUAGCCUAUAUAAUCGGUCUAUCGAGAGAUAAAUGAGAAAUUAUCGAUUUUUCGUGGCUAAUCUGGCAAAAACACACAAAUUUGGCUGUUAAAAUUUAAAUUUCGCGCCAAUGUAUCGCUCUAUUGGGCGGGGCGCACUUGCGCCCAUUGUCAGCUCUAGAGACCGUGGACACUGAUUUUGUUUGAAAUUUGUUCAGUAGUUCGAAUGACAAUUCUGCGUUGAGCGCAUGCGAAAGUUUCAUCUGAAAGCGCGUCUUUGAUGGAAAACACUGGACAAUUUUCAGAAAACGGCUCGAUUCUGGACGACAAAGUACGCGGGCGGAAGUGAGCCACUGGACGAGCAGUACGAGAAGUCGGUCCAGUAUUUGAUGGCGGCCGGAUUCUCGGAGGAGAAGGCGACGCGAGAGCUGAGUCUGAACCAGUGGGUACUGAAGAAAAGCGUCUCGACGGAACUUAUGACUGCUGGCCUCAAACUCGGUCUUUCCCCCUCGUCAUCCAUUCACAAACUCCCAUAA